AUGGCAGAAGACUCCAUCUCCGCCUCCGCCAAAGGCGCAACCUUCAUGGUCCUCCUCCAGGUCGGCAGCCGCGCCAUCACAUUCGCCCUCAACCAGAUCCUCUUACGCUUCCUGUCGCCGAAGAUCCUAGGCGUGGCGGUCUACCUCGAACUCUACAUCCACAGCUCACUCUACUUCUCCCGCGAAUCGCUACGUAUAGCCACCCAGAGACGCUCCGAUGGUGUACAGGCCGCAGUCAAUAUCUCCUACCUCGCUAUUGUAGCUGGACUACCGGUUGGAGCACUAAUGACGGAGCUGUUGUUACGGAGCAACUACCCGAAUGUGCCAUACCUGACGACUUCCUUGAGAAUCAGCCAGCUGACGGCUGUGAUCGAGCUUCUGUCUGAGCCGGCUUUCGUGGCUGUACAGCAGAAUAUGUUGUACAAGACUCGAGCAGCCGCAGAAGCGACGGCGGUCAUUGUGAAGACCUUCGUUACAGCUGGCCUUGUCUUCUGGGCUCAAGGUCAAGGGCAGGAGCUGGGUGUCCUGCCGUUCGCAGCUGGCGAGCUGGCAUACUCGACUUCCCUUACCAUCGUGUAUCUGACCCAGACAGCACCAGUAGCACGUUUGAAGGGCUUUUCGCUCUUCCCGAAGUGGGUGCAAACGAGUACGAGACAGUAUGCCUUCUCUCUACUCUCUAAGCCUCUGCUCUACCUAUCUGCAUCACUAUACCUACAGACGGCCAUCAAGUGGGCACUUACUGAAGGUGACAAGCUUUUGGUGGGCUUCUUCGCUACGCUAGAGGACCAAGGUAUCUAUGCCGUCUCUGCUAAUUAUGGAGGGCUCAUUGCUCGGAUGCUCUUUCGACCCGUCGAAGAUAGUUCGAGAAACCUGUUUGCUAAGUUGUGCUCUGAUACCAAAUCGAAGAGCGACUCAGACGAUGAGAAGACGGCGACCAAGCACAAUAACGGCAAUGUCAAGCAAGCGUCGACCAUACUCCGCGAUAUUCUCCGCAUCUACUCGAUCGCCUCCCUCAUCACCUUCGCCGUCGGUCCCACAGCCGCGCCGCUACUUCUGCAAGUGGUCGCAGGCAACAAGUGGACCGACUCGGGCGCUGGCGAAGUUCUAGCGACGUACUGCUACUGCAUCCCUCUCCUCGCCAUCAACGGGGUCAGUGAAGCCUUCGUCUCCGCCACCGCGAGUCCGGCAGAGCUGCAAAGGCAGAGCUUCUGGAUGGGCGCUUUCACUGUCGGGUUUGGCCUUAGUGCAUUUGUGUUCCUGAGGGUGCUCGAGAUGGGUGCUCAGGGAUUGGUACUCGCGAAUUGCGUGAAUAUGGCUUUGAGGAUCGUCUUCAAUCUCAGCUUUGCUACGCAUUUUUUCGAGCGGCAAGGCGUGGAGUUCAAGCUAAGGGAUAUCUUGCCGAAUCUAUAUGCCGGAGGUGCCACGGCUGUCGUCCCGAGUCUGCUGGCGCGGACUCAGGGCUUACUAGGACGAUAUGGAAUCUUGGGGGAUCUCGUCCGGGUAGGAGCCAUUGGCGCUGUUUUCGCAGCUUUCACGUGA